GAGAGAAGUUUAGUCGCCGACUCGCGUGCAACGUUUUAAAACGUGUAUUUUGUGUUCAAUUUAUUUAUCUUGCAAUAACAUUAUAUUUUGAUAAUAAAAAUAUAUGUUUAGUGGAUUUACAUCUUUGAAACAUUAGUUCGUGGACGAAGCCAAUAAAAAGAAGCAGAAUCCUUGGCUGUCAACCUUGAAACAGUCGCCAAAGCGGUGACGUCACGUAGGACAUCGAUUAAAAAAAAAUGAAAUAUUUUAUAAGAGCUUAAAAUGACUAUUGUUCUUUAUAACUAUCGGGAAUUGGAGGAACGAGCAUCCAGACAUCUUAACGUAUGGAAAGCUUGGCAUCUGAUAUUGUACGCUCUGGCUGCGGUUUUUGGUAUUCUAAAUUAUGUUUUUCUUCAAAAUACCAUGCAGUUGGUCGACAACAACUGCGUGUUGUAUCCACGACAGUUGGCAUUUACUGUGAUAGAGUUACCAGGGCCAGUAGGAACUGGAGAUAAUGAUUUGAUGAAUGCGACGUUUUCGAACACCACAGACGGUGCCAUUACUAAUAAUGUCAAUGAAGAUGCUCAAAAUCUAGACGUCCUUGGUGGGAAUGCAACAGAUGGACUGAAAAAUAGAAGUGUAGAUACUGUAACCAAGACUAAUGUUACUGAAACUGACAUCAAUAUUAUAACAGAUAAUGAAACUCACCGUCUGGUGUUGGACACAUCACGUACCCUCUUCGGAUAUGACAGCGACUGUCAGUUCGCGGAGUACAUGCCCAUCAUGUCCACUAUUUUCGCGGCAGCGUGGGCCACCUUCUUCACCAUGUGCCCAGGAGGCGGACACUCCAGAUCAGGCCUGCAGAGACCAUGGCGUAUUCUGUCCCCGGCGCUGUUGUUCUCGCUGGUGAUGGUGGCCCUCACAGGUCACAGCUUCUCCUCCACCAACAGCGGCCUCUUCACGUUCUGCUCAGCCUUCCACAACAUCACCAAUGCCACCACUUGUUCGUCUGUGGAGCCCCACCUGUCAUCGAACCCGGAAUGGUCAUUCGGUGGUCGUGUGUCGGCGACUCGCGCGGCCUCCGCCGGUGUGUGGGUGAGUUGGGCCUGCGGCGCCGCCCUCCUCCUGGUCCGGUGUCUCACGGCUCCGGACUUCCACGUCCGUCGCACCGCCGUCGUCCUCAAAGACCCUCAACAGAAGAUCACGCCAUAUUUGAAGAAAUCGUCCAGGAAACAGAUAACGAAUAGCUCACCGGACAAGCGGGACUCGUUGUCUGUGAGAUCCGAGCCGACCUUGAUGACGGAGCUGGUGACGGCCUCCAUCGACCGCGACACGGCGCCCUCCUCCUCACAAGCGACGCCUCAACUGACACCCGCCAGGGUUCACAGAGAAAGCAUCGAAAUGACCAACACUCCCAUAUUCAAUCAAACGCCAAAAUAGUCAUUUAAUUAUUGUUUUCUAUAUAUUUAAUAUAUUUACAAUAAUUUAUUAAUAUUUAAUUUCUCUACGAGAUGUUGAUUACAUUAAGUCGUAAUUUAGUUUUUUUUUCUGGUCUUCAUCACGCCGCGCUGGUUAACUUUAUUAAAAUUUUAAUAUAAA